GAAAAAAAAAAAACAGCCUCAGAUCAAAAAUAGGCAGGAGAACAUGGACAGAGGUGUACACAGCAUCAAUUUACACAACAUGCACCUCCACAUAUAGUGCAAAUUUCAAUACGAUAGUUGUAUAGGGGAAAAAAAAAAGACUGACAAGCGAAUAAGACACAAAGAAGCAGAGAGAAAAAUGCAAACAAAGGGAGGGCACGGAAAGAAAGAGAGACGGAGAGAUGGAUAGAGAGAGACUUGCACCCCCAUCCUUAUGUGACAGUCCAGCUCCACCGCCUCCUCCUCCGCCUCUCUCUCUCACUCUCAUGCCGCCUCUCGCAUCCACAUCUCUCCAUCUCUCCGUCUGCUCAGCGUCUGUCCCUGCUCUCUUGUUACAUCCCCCUCAUUUCCUCCUCUUCCUCCUUUAAAAACAAAAACAAACGAACACCAAAAAAAAAAAAAAAAAAAAAAUUUGAUUCUCCAUCUUCGACAUGCUUCUCACGUGAAGUCCGUCAACUUGCAAAGCCCGUGGAUCCAGAGUUAAAAAAAAAAGAAAAAAGAAGAAGAAAAAGAAGAAGAGGAGGAAGGCAAAUGCUCUAUCGGGGAAUAAGAGAAAAAACAACGCACGUUUGCAUCUUUCACUGAGUGCGUUGGUUUGAACGCAGCAACAGUAUGGAUCUGUCAUUCAUGGCUGCGCAGAUCCCAGUCAUGACGGGAGCCUUCAUGGACUCAUCGCCCAAUGACGACUACAGUGGCGAGCACUCACUCUUCAACUCUUCGGCCAGUGUCCACGCCGCUGCCUCAGCCGCCUCGGUACACGGCCAGCAGGAAGAGUCACAGUCAAUGUCAAGUGACGCCAUCUGGCUCUGGAUCGCGAUCGUCGCCACCAUUGGAAACAUUGUGGUGGUGGGUGUUGUCUACGCCUGCACUUUCUGAUGAACAUAUGCUUACAAAGACACACAGACAUACACACACAUCCUGCUUUUUCCGGAUAUCUGGACCCCAGAGUGAGACCAAAUUUGUAGACAGACACACAUACUCUUUCUUUAUGUAUCUCUCUCUCCUCUCUCUGUUUCUCUCUCUCCCUCGCACUUGGCCGUUGGAUCAGUUUGGUCCCAUAAGGAUGUUGAAGUUGUGAUACUAGACAGUGACAUAUAUACUACUAUAUUUCUUCAUCAGAGGGAAACAGUUGGCUGUGUUUAUCUGGACCGAGCUUUUUUUGGAUGCCACAACUGCAAGUUUGAAAAGAGGCUUUUGUGUUUGUUAAAAACAGAAACCUGCACUGCCCCCAGACCUGUGCUCUCAAGCAAGAAUCAAAUUAACUUUUUUUUUUCUUUUUUUUUAGCCUAAGUUUGUUUUCAUGUCUCUCCUCAGACAACACCCUCACUUAUAAUGCAGACAUGAGAAAGGAGAUUAAAUGAGGCUUAAGAUUCAGGUUGAUUUGGGCCAUCUAAAACAUCCACAAGAUUGUUGCUUAGCAAUUUAGGGCAGUGCUGUUUAAUUAUGCGGCUGAACAGAGACAGUGAAUGUUAAAACAUUUAGAAAGUCCUGGGAUACUUCCAUGUCAGGCAGCCGUGAGGCUCAGGAUGUUCGAGCCCAUUUGAGGACUGAUUUGUGGAUGAAACAUUGUAUGGACACUGAUCACCCAUGUAUGUUUCUAACGAUUUUACUCACAGGAAACAAAGAAUAUGACACUGAAUAUCAUUAACCUAAUUUUUUUAACCUAAUAAAAAUGGUUUCCGCAAUGCUAACUUGAUAAUGACUUUAUAAUUAGAUGUGUGUUGUAAAACUAAGUCAACCCCUUUGAAAUGAAUGGUCUUAUUGUCAAAUACCUACAGUAAUAUUCACCAGGGAUUAUUAGGAAAUCUAAUUGUAUUGUCAUGGUCUGUUCAGUUAUGUUUGGAUAUUAUCUACAGAUGUUAACAAAAUACAGUUUAAAAAGCACAAAUUGAAUUGCAAGAUGACAUAGCCUGCUUUACUUACUGCACCUGAUUUUUGUAGUUGUUUAUUUAUUUUCUUAAAGUACAGCUUGUAAAAGUACUUUUUAUUCCUCAGAACUAGUCAACAACAGAUGAUAGAUUCCUGAUAUUACAGACAUGUGAAAGCAGAUGUAAAAGUGGUAGAUGUAUGUGCUCAAAAGUCAUUGAACACCCAUCAGAUCUCUGGUGAACGUUGUGAUAAACGUAUACUAAUGUGAGUGGGGAAAGGAUGCCUUAUUUUGAAAAGAAACUUUAUAUAUGGAGCUGCUCCUCUAAAUGUGUUCAGUUCAGUUCAGUAAAUUAGUUUUGUGUUACUGUGGAGUCUGGAGGCAGCUGUCUCCAUGGCAACUAAUUCUCGUCCUAAUUGGGAACAACAGCUUUUAUUGUGAGACUCAACACAGACAAUAACCUGCAGUCACAGAUACAAUUUUUGCUUUUUUUUUCUGUGAGCAUUAAAUAAUUGCUUUCACAUAAAGACAAUCACAACACUGCAUUUACACAAAUAUUACAUCUGGUAACCAUUGAAUCUUUCAACUUAGCUAAUUAUUUGUGCUUUGCUUACAGUUUUAUUGCCAUGUUUUAAGACAGCAAGCUAAGACAAGAGAAACCGAUAAAAAUGUUAAUCCUUUUGUUUUUUCAAAUGUGAAUUUAAAGUCAGCAAGUUGCUUUUUUUAUGUCUGUUUAUUGGUUUUUCUUUACUUGACAAAUGGAUCUAUAUUUUUAGACAGAAAGAGAAAUAGAAAGAGAGAACUCUUUUUUUCAGUAACUUCUAUUUCAUCUGGGAUUUGGAAGAUAGUAUUGGUGUGCUUUAGUUUAAAAAGAUACAAGCCUGUCCUGUAAACAACAUACAUGUUCAUACACUGCAGAUUACAAUACUAGCUUACUGUAUCAACUGUACCCAUGUAAGGAGACAUUCAGAAACACUAUAGUCUAUUCUCUGUUAUUAUGAGUGUUCUUGUACAAUGUUUAAAGAAGGACUUUUAAAGCCUCUUAUUUUUAUUAAAUGGUUGAGGUAGAAAUACUGUAUUUAGACAUGUUGUAAACCACAUACACAAUGCUCCUUUUGUAAAGACAUAUGCUAUUAAAAUUUCUGUAUGAAUGCA